GAAAAGGUAAAAAAAAGUUCUGGGUCUUGGAAAUCAUGCAGAAAUGAAAAUGCAAUAAUGCAAACUGGCCAGGUCCUUAAGGGGUUAAUGGCAGACAUUAUGGGUCAAUAUCUGAGGGCGGGGCCUGUUUAAGGAAAACGUCUUCAUGUCAAGCGUUCUUGAAAGUCGUCACGUGUGAACACGGCUAAUAGCCGCCGCGCUUCCAUGUACACACGCCAUACAGGACCGAGCAGCAGGCACUAGCCCCCGCAGUCACGAGCUCUCCCGCCACUUCCGCUCAGUGCUCGUGGACCCGCACGUCACUCCCGCCAUGCUCUCCCGGCUGCUCAAGGAGCACCAGACCAAACAGAACGAGAGGAAGGAGUUGCAAGAGAAGAGAAGAAAGGAGGCCAUUGCUGCGGCUACCACCCUGACAGAGGCUCUAGUAGAUCAUCUGAAUGUGGGUGUGGCCCAGGCUUAUGUGAAUCAGAGAAAGUUGGACCAUGAAGUGAAGACACUGCAGAUUCAGGCCGCACAGUUUGCAAAGCAGACGACGCAGUGGAUCAGUCUGGUGGAAAACUUCAAUCAGGCGCUGAAAGAGAUUGGCGACGUGGAGAACUGGGCCAGAAGUAUUGAAAAGGACAUGCGCAUAAUCGCCAGUGCUUUGGAAUAUGUGUAUAAAGGCCAACUCCAGCCUUCUGCCUCCUGAGCUGCAGCUGCAGCACAACUAGGACUCCCGCAGCCUAACGACUUCUAUGCCACAACGUAUUGGGAUGACUUUGAAGAAGGAAUCUAGUUCUUGUGGCUUAGCUUUGGCUUUUUGAUAUGCUGAACGGUUUAUUGUGCCAUCCUACCAAGGUUGCAUAAUGAUUUCAUUUUGCAAUAAUAUCUUGUAAGAGAGGACUAACAUGGAAGUAUUAUGCUACAUCUUAUGGGAAAUAGAAUAUUUAGCAAUGAAUAGCUUAGGCUACUUUCAUACCCGCGUUUUGGCUUUCCGUUUGUGAGAUCCGCCAUGGGCUCUCACAAUCGGUCCAAAACGGAUAAGUUUUGCACUAAUGCAUUCUGAAUGGAAAAGGAUCCCCUCAGAAUGCAUCAGUUUGCCUCCGAUCAGUCACCAUUCUGCUCUGGCGGCGGACACCAGAACGCUGGCUUCUUGGCGAAAAACGAAACUGAGCUAAACGGCACACAAUGUAAGUUAAUGGGGACAGAUCCAUUUUCUGGCACAAUAGAAAACUGAUCUGUCUCCCAUUGACUUUUAAUGGAGUUCAUGACUGAUCCGUCUUGCCUAUGUUACAGAUAAUACAAACGGAUCCAUUCAUGACGGAUGCAUGUGGUUGAAUUAUUGUAACAGAUCAGUUUUUGCUGAUCCAUGAUGGUCUGAAAGUAGCCUUACUGUUAAGUCAGAAAAAUUAUUACAUGCUCUAUCAACUUAUACAAAAUAUCCGGGUUUUCUAAAUGUGCUUAACAUAUGCCUACCCAGUUCUUUUAUUCCCUCAGAUGACUGUUUUUCUGAACUUUGUUUUCUUCUUCGUGCUGUGUAUUGAAGAUUUUGAAACAUCUUUAUUGCUAAGUGGAGAAAGUCAGCAAGCAGCUUAGCUACUGUAGACUGCCCGUGUUCAUGUGCCAGUGUCUUGAGAAUGCUAAAUUUUAUGGGAACUGUCACCAUGAAAAUGCAAAAUAAUCUGCAGGCAGCAUGAUAUAGAGCAGGAGAUGCUUAGCAGAUUGAUAUAUAGUUUUGGGAGUGGGAAAGACUAAGUAAAACUUCUAAUUUACUCUCUUAAAUUCCGCCUCCUUGACUUCAAAGUCUAGAAGAAGCACAGAUAUAAAUGAAUAAAUAAGUUUUACUGAUCAUUUCCCCUCAAAACUAUCUAUCAAUCUACUAAGCUCCUCCUGCUCUAUACCAUGCUGCCUGCAGCUCAGACCCCAUGUUCAAUGUGACUAGUUCCUGUUAAAUGAUCACUAACUGUUCACACAGCUUUACAUAAAUCAGUAGUACAAGUGAUCAUAAAAAACUUUGUAAUAUAUCUUACCAGAGAAAUAUGGUUUGUUCACCUGUAACAGCUGCUAACUCCUUCUUGAAACGGACUGGCUCAUAAAGAUACCAGAUUACACAUGUAAGGACCCUGUCACAGGAGUGAGUUUUCCGCGCAGGUGCGAUCCAUGAAGUGAACGGAUGUGUUUUUCACAUAAUUUCUGUGUCGCGUGAGAAUCGCUGCAUGUUCUAUAUUCUGCGUUUUUCACACAGCCCUGGCCCCAUAGAAGUGAAUGGAGUUCAGUGAAAAAUGUAUUGCAUCCGGAUAUAACCUGGAUGCAAUGCGGUUUUCCCUGAUGGUUACUAGAAGAUGUUUGUAAAUCUUUUUUUUUUUUUUUUUCAUGUGCUUGAAAAAUGCAUUAAAACUGAAUGCACCAGCUUGGAAAAAAAACUAAAACACUAAACGUAAUUGCAGACAAAACUUGCGAAAUGGUGCAAGUUUCACUGAACACAUCCUGACACAAUCCGCAUCCUUCGUGUGAAAGAGGCCCAACAGAAGUCUGUGGAGAGGUGAGGAGUAGGAGUGAGCAAGAACUGAGUGGGACAGGACAGCGAAAUUCAGCCAGCUUAAUUGACGGUUUCCAUCUCAGCCCAAGUGCUUUAUUUACAUCCAUACAAGUCUGUAUAUAUCCUCCAUGAUCCUGGGGCUGCUUCUGCCCAAGUAAGAGUCUUCAUCCACCAGUUGUGAGAGAACUGCUAACUAGAGAUCUAUUAUAGAGGAGAGAACUGCUACAAAUGCCAGAAACACAUAAUAUAGUGUUAUUCCUCAUGAACACACAUUGUACUAUUGACUAAUGAAAAGCUUAUUAAAAACUAGGUGCGCUGGAAAGUAGCUGUCCGUCUUGUUAAAAGGGUCGCCUAAGCUGAAACAGGUUAUCCUGAUGAAUAGACAAUUGGUGAACAACUCAAUUCUGCGGCAGAAAUCAUUCAGUUGCCCACAUGAGAAAUAAAGAAUUGCGUGUUUAAUGUUGAAAUCUAAGGUCUGUCUACGUAAUGCACAUCCAUAGCAAGAAAUGCUCUUUGCCUAAUAGAUUGCUGAACAGUAUACUACCCUUCUGUUAGCUCAAAAUCCCUAAUAGAGUAUUUAAAAAUGGUUCUUCUAAACCAGACAACCCCUUUUAGGUCAGUGCCUACCACACUAGAACGCCUAUUGCAAUGCUGCAUUGUCUCCUGACUUCUUAUGAUAUCGCAGGGUGGAGCAUGUUUAUCAAAGAUGGUGGACACGGACACAAGUAUCUGCUCAAAGUUUUAUGGCUGCUCUUGAUAUUUAGACAACUAAUAAAAGUAAAUUAAGGCAUGGCUUAUUGAAUUAAGCUCAUCAAACAAUUGUCACUGGAUUGUGAAAAUAAAGGUAUUUUCAAUCUCCAUGACAAGCAAUGUCCACACCUGUCUAAUAAAGUCUUUUACAUGA